CCAACCUCGAAAAUAUCUCGAAACUCUUCCAACGCCAACUUUCGACUCAAGCCGCCAAAAUGACGUCCAACAGACUCACCUACAGACGCCGCAACCCGUAUGAAUUGAUCGCUGCGAAAAUUCUCAAAUCCACGAGCUAAUCAGGUUGCAGAUACAACACCAAAUCCAACAAGGUCAGAGUUGUUAAGACCCCAGGAGGCGAGCUCAGAUAUCUUCACAUCAAGAAGGCCGGUACUGCACCAAAGUGCGGAGACUGCGGUAUCAAAUUGCCAGGAGUAAGUUACUUUUCAAUUGCAGUAUUCUCGAGAUGGAAAGGCACAUGGAGAUGGGUGGCAGGAAAGAUGGAAUUUGGGUUGAGGGACGGUUUUGCGCAAACACAAGAUCGAGUUGGCAACGAAUUCGCAUCCAGCGCACACUAUUCAAGAAGCACCCAAGACAGAUUCAACACAUCCGAUGCGGUCUGAAAAUGGACAAUUAUUUGCGGAUCUUGGAAAUAUCUCCAGUUGGGACAUGAUGCUGACUCUUUACCUCCUCAUAGAUCCCAGCCCUCAGACCCCGCGAAUACGCCCAAAUUUCUCGACCAAAGAAGACCGUUCAGCGAGCAUACGGUGGAUCAAGAUGUGCCAACUGUGUCCGGGACCGUAUUGUUCGCGCUUUCUUGAUUGAGGAGCAGAAGAUUGUGAAGAAGGUGCUCAAGGAGUCUCAACAAAAGAAGCGUUAAGGGGGAAUUCUUCGAUCGGGUUGCUUUAGGUGUUUGACUGGACGGGAUUGCAUGGUGCAGCAGGGAAUUCGCUGUAUUUACAUCAAGGCUUCUACGAAUCAUGAAUGACAGCUGCCAUUGAGCAUUGAUCCUAUUUGUGAUUAAGCUCUUGGCCAUCCUUCCAACAAAAACUGCAACAAAUUUCCAACUAGCGUUUGAUGGGCCAUUCGUGAUGGACAGACAGAAGAUAGCAAUUGCGUCAAUGAGCUCCGUUUGACUGACGGGAUACAUGGGCGCAAUACCAACAUGUCUUCUUUCAUAUAAACUGCAAAUUUAUGGCACAACCAUUAUACCUAGCUCAAGGAAGUUUUUGUUUUUAUAACUUGGUCCUGGAAUUUGCAUUGCUUUCCAUUUUC